AUGACCACACCUCCUCAAUCAGUGGCUCAGGCCUUGACGAAAAAGCAGCCCGAGGGUCUUGACCUUUACGCUCGCUUCGCUCUUGCUGGCGCCCUUGGCUGCUCCAUCACGCACGGUGGCUUCACUCCUGUCGAUGUUGUCAAGACUAAGAUCCAGCUUGAUCCCGCAACCUAUAACCGUGGCACUAUCGCUACCUUCCGUCAGGUCAUUGCCAAUGAGGGUGCUGGAGCUCUCUUGACUGGUGUUGGUCCUACCUUUGCUGGGUACUUUGUCCAGGGUGCCUUCAAAUUCGGAGGUUACGAGUUCUUCAAGAAGCAGUCGAUUGACUACCUCGGUCUGGAGACCGCAAGAGCUAACCGUGGUCUGGUCUACGCUGUCUCUGCAGCCAGUGCCGAAUUCUUUGCUUCUGUUGCUUUGUGUCCCCUGGAAGCUACCCGUAUCCGUCUUGUCAGUACUCCCGGAUUUGCCAAUGGUCUGGUCGGUGGCUUCAGCAGAAUCCUGAGAACUGAGGGUGUUGGAUCCUUCUACUCAGGUUUCGGACCCAUCCUGUUCAAGCAGGUUCCCUACACCGUCACCAAGUUCCUCGCCUUCGAAAAGUUCUCUGAGGCCAUCUUUGCUACCAUGGGCGACAAGUCCACCAUGAGCCCCGGCACUGUCACCUCUGUAAACCUCGGCUCUGGUCUUCUUGCUGGUUUCGCUGCUGCCAUCGUCUCUCAACCUGCCGACACUAUGCUCUCCAAGAUCAACAAGACCAAGGGUUUGCCUGGUGAGAGCACUGUUUCGCGCCUGGUCAAAAUUGCUGGCGAAUUGGGUAUUCGUGGUUCUUUCGCCGGUCUUCCUACUAGAUUGUUCAUGGUCGGUGGAUUGACUGCUGGACAAUUCGCCAUCUAUGGUGAUAUCAAGAAGGCUCUUGGCGCAACCAACGGCGUUGAGAUCGCGAAAUAA